AAAGGGAUGGAGUGAGUGUGUGAACAACAGAGAAACAUCUGUACCUUUUACCAGUAGCUUACAUCAGUAAGUUGUCCAAACUUACUUGGGUUAAAAACUGCAGGAGAACACUGAAAUAUUGAUGUCUACAAUGUAUCAUCUGAAACUGCCUAUCCAGGUUGUUCUUGUCUUUGUGAUACUGCAUUGUGUUGCCACAGUUCCUCAUAAUAGGUACUUCCUCUCGUCGAAGGAUGAUGAUUUGCGGGAGGGCGAUGGCUGGCUGGUUACAGAUCUGUCUGAUAACCCCUUCAUGAGUUUCAUGGGGCCACGGCCCCAAAGAGAGCUGACUGCAGUGAACAGUCACCAUAUAGAAAAGAGGAAGUGUAAUACAGCCACCUGCGUCACUCAGAGAUUAGCAGACUUUCUCGUCCGAUCCAGCAACACCAUCGGCACCAUCUAUGCGCCGACCAAUGUAGGAUCCAGCGCUUAUGGAAAAAGAGACCUUCUCCAGGCGCCCAUUUAU